AUGUUUGUGUUGGCAAUGUCUUCGAUUCCAACUACUGUUAUCUACAAGAGAAACGACGAAAAAUGGUGGAUUCCGACAGUCAAAGUUCCGCCAGAUGGUCUAUCAGAUGCAGCUAGAAGGUUCUUGCAGUACCAGAAGGACUGUGUAAACCAGGUUCUAAAGGCAGCCAUGGCCAUAAACGCACAGGUUUUGUUCGAGAUGGAAAUACCUGAGAGCUACAUCGACUCUCUCCCAAAGAACGGGAGGGCGAGUCUCGGGGAUCAGAUGUACAAGCAUAUAACGGUGGACUUCUUUGACCCGGACCAGUUCCUGAACAGCAUGGACAUGUCCUCAGAGCACAAGAUCGUCGACCUCAAAAACAGAAUCGAGGCAUCAAUCGUUAUAUGGAAACGCAAAAUGGUUUACAAAGACAGCAAGUCAUCGGCACCAUGGGCGUCCGGAGUGAGCCUGGAGAAGCGAGAGGUGUUCGAAGAGCGGGCUGAGACCAUUUUGCUCAUACUCAAGCAUAGAUACCCAGGGAUUUCUCAGUCUUCACUCGACAUCAGCAAGAUCCAGUUCAACAAGGACGUGGGUCAAGCGGUGCUCGAGAGCUACUCGAGAAUAUUGGAGAGCUUGGCGUACACGGUACUGUCGAGAAUAGACGAUGUUUUGGAGGCAGACAGAGCCGUGAACAAGAGGAGCCCGCCGAUUGAAUCAGAGGAAGAGACGCUGGUCGGGAGCAUGACGCUGUCGGAUUUCAUGGGAUGGGACUUCGAUCAGGCUGGUCAGGGGAACGGUGACUUGGAGUCCAAGAAAGAUGUAUCGGAUGAUCAGUUGGUGAAGGAGAAGCUGCCCGCAGUGACCACAAAGAAGACCUCAUACCUAGAAACCCUAGGCGGCGUCAAGAGUCCAACGGCCCGGCAUUAAAUGUGGUGGUGGGGGAGAUAUAGGAGGAGGGGCAAACAAAAAAACAGAGCAAGGAAGACAGAUAAAUUAAAUUAAUUAUUCUUUUUAGGAUUCAAAACUUUUCAAUGGGCUUUGUAAUUCUUUGUUUAUAAAAAAAACCCCAAUUGGGCUUUAAGAUUAG